AUGUCGGUCCUCUUGGAGACCAGCUCGGGCGACAUCGUGAUUGACCUUCUGGUCGACUACGCGCCGAAGCUGUGCGAAAAUUUCCUGAAGCUCUGCAAAGUCAAAUACUACAACUUCUCGCCCGUCCACUCCGUCCAGAAGAACUUCUCCUUUCAGACCGGCGACCCCCUGGGGCCCCUGUCCAAAGAGUCCGAUGGAGGCACAUCCAUCUGGGGCCUCUUGUCCGGCGACAGCUCCAAGAAGAUGUUCCCCGCCUUCUUCCACCCGAAGCUGAAGCACCUCGAGCGGGGCACCGUCAGCAUGGCCACGGCGCCCUUGGAUUCGGACCCAGACACCCGCGUCGCUGCCUCGCAGUUCAUCGUCACCCUGGGCGACGACACCGACUACCUCGACGGCAAGGCCGCCGUCUUCGGCAAGGUCGUCGAGGGCUUCGACGUCCUCGAGAAGAUCAACGACGCCAUUGUCGACGACAAGGGGCACCCGCUCGUCGACAUCCGGAUCAAGCACACCAUCAUCCUCGACGACCCGUACCCCGACCCUCCCGAGCUGCGCGAGCCCAGCGCCUCGCCGCCUCCGACCAAGGCACAACUCGACACCGUCCGCAUCGCCGACGAGGCCGCGCUGCACGAAGACGACGACCUGGACGAGGAGGCCAUCGAGAAGCGGCGGAGGGACAGGGAGGCACGCGCGCAGGCACUCACUCUGGAAAUGAUGGGCGACCUGCCCUUCGCCGAAGUCGCCCCACCCGAGAACGUCCUCUUCGUCUGCAAGCUCAACCCGGUCACCACGGAUGCCGACUUGGAACUCAUCUUUGGCCGGUUCGGCAGGAUUCUCAGUUGCGAGGUGAUCCGCGACGCCAAGACCGGCGACAGUCUCCAGUACGCCUUCAUCGAGUACGCCGACAAGGCCUCCUGCGAAGCGGCCUACGCCAAGAUGCAGGACGUCCUCAUCGACGACCGCCGCAUCCACGUCGACUUCUCGCAGAGCGUGAGCAAGCUGAGCCAGGUCUGGCGAGACGACACAAACCAGAAGCGGAGGAAGCACGCCUCCAGAGGCGGCUGGGGAGGAGUCGACGAACUCGAGAAGAGGCGGCAGUACCGCGACGAGUACGAACGGACCGAAGACGGAUACAACCUCGUAUACGGCGACGAGGAGAUGAAGGGGCGCCACGAGCGCGCCAAAGAUGGUCGUCCGGAGCCGUCGGAGCGGAGGGCAGAGCAGGAGGACAGAGACCGGCGGGACAGGGACCGCCCCAGAGCAGAGCGGGAACGGAGGCGAAGUCGAAGCCCCGGACGUCCGAGGGCCAGGGACAGGGACAGGGACAGGGACGGCAGGGGAGAUGGCGAUCGAUUUCGACCCGACGACCGGGGUGCCGGGCGGCGGUACGAUCACCAAGACCGACGGCGAGACGAUCGGGACCCGGGUCGCAGGGACCGCAGAGAUUGGGACAAUCGAAAUCGAGGUAGGGAUCGAGACUCGGAGAGACGAAGAUAG